AUGGGCCUCCUUCAGUGGCUCAGUCUCCGCAGAUCAAGCAAAUGGGAGUCACCCACCAUUAUCGACCACCUACUGUCUUCUCCCCUACAGUUCAUCAUCACUUACAUCUACCAUCUCAUCCUCCUCUUUCGCGGCAAACCCUUCAGACCCCCCAGGGAUAAACCACCCAUCAAGGUCGUUUGUCUGUCUGAUACGCAUGACCAAAUUGUUCACAAUGUCCCAGAUGGUGAUCUCUUACUCCACGCCGGAGACCUGACCAACUCUGGCUCGGCCGACGAUAUCCAGAAGCAGGUCGAUUGGCUGGCUUCUCUGCCCCACCUCCACAAGGUUAUCAUCGCAGGGAAUCAUGACAGCUGGUGCGAUGUCAGGGCACGGCUGGCCCAGGACAAGAAGGAGGCAAAGAGGGUCGACUUCAGAGGCUUGCACUACCUUCAAGACAGCACUGUCACCCUGGACUUCCACAACGGGAGAAAAUUAAAUGUCUAUGGUGCCGCUGACAUUCCCAUAUGCGGAGGCCGCGACUUUGCCUUUCAGUACCCCGCCGACAAAAGCCCAUGGAGAGGUAGGAUUCCCAUCGAGACCGACAUCUUGGUUACGCAUACGCCACCACGCUCUCAUCGCGACCUGGGUCUAGGCUGUCCGGGGCUGCUGGAGGAGCUAUGGAGGGUCAAGCCCAGGUUGCACGUGUUUGGUCAUAUUCAUUGCGGGCGUGGUCAGGAAAGCGUCUACUUUGACGAGUGUCAGAGGGCCUACGAGACGCUCAUGUCCAGCAGUCCACGUGGACCAAUCUUUGACGCGAUCCCAAGCAGUGACUGGAUCAAUGCGCUAAAGGUCAUAUAUUACGGUGUGAAUGCCAUUGCAUUCAAGUAUCUCAUGCUCGGCCCUGGCUCGAAUAACUCGAGCCUCAUGGUCAACGCUGGCUGCAUGCAAGGAAACACGGGCAAAUUAUGUAAGAGCCCGGCUCAGGUCGUGGAGCUAUGA